UUGUUUGUACAUUUCCUGAACUGAAAUGUAGCGCCUUAUAUACCCACAAAAUUAUAUGUUUUAAUCACUUUUUGGUAUGCCUGAAUUGGAAUUGCAUCAUAAGUUGAAGAAUGCCAAUCUAUACUCUCUUCCCGCUGGUUGCUGUAACAGGCGCCGCGGGUUUUCUAAUUGGAGCCCUUGCGCAGCAGGACAUAUCAUAUCGAAAGCUCAACGAUGAGAUGGUCAGGGAUCCGUAUGUGUUCCGGAGCCGCCGCAAGAUAUUCAGAGCGUUAUCGUUUCUAGGGAUAACGGCCUCACCGACAGUGCAGCUCACAGAGCGUGGCCAGAGCAUAACGAGCGAGAGCAGCUUCGAGGAGAGCGAAACCGAAUCGUCGGAAAUCAUAUCAUCGCCCGAUACUGGCAGUGUGUCUUUGUUUGAGCAAUUUAUUCUUUGGAGCCGCAGCCAAGUAAACCACGUGAUCAUGUUUAUGACCUUCUCAAUAGGAGCGGAACAGCCCCACUACAAGGAGAUAUCACACGUGGCAAGCAUCAUGAAGUACGGCUUUCCUGGCAUGGAUGAGAUACGAGUCUACAAGAACUUUGUGCUCUCGUACGAUCGUCGCAACCGCAUCGCCCACUGGGUCUGUGAGCACAUCAGAGGCGAAUGCCUGGCCUACAGAGAUCCCCAGACGCUGGAGAAGCCCAACGAAUACAUAGCAGACCAGAGCAUUCCGAGCAUGUUCUGUCCGAACAUGCGCGACUUUCGCAACACCGAGUGGGUGGGUGGCCACAUGGCUUCGCCCCAGAACUACAAGUGCAAUGUAACAAUGUUUAACGAGGCCUACAAGUUCCCCAACAUAGUGCCAAUCAGUCGGGCCCUCAAAAACAAUGUCUGGCUGCGUCUGGAGCACUAUGUCCGUGAGCUGGCUCUCAAGUCCGGCUCGGUGUACGUGUACACGGGACCCAUGUUCAUGCCACAGCGGAUCACCUUCAGGAACUGGGCCAUCCGCCACCACGUGAUGGGCAUGAAUACUGUUGCUGUGCCCACCCACUUCUUCAAGGUCAUUAUCAGUGAACACAGGCAGCCGGGGGUCUUGCCCUUUGUGGAGGGCUAUGUGGUGCCCAACGCAGAAGUCGACAGUGAAACGGAUCUCCGCUCUUUUCUGGCCGACGUCCGAGACAUCGAACACUUUGCCGGACUCAAGUUCUACGACGGGGAGCAGCGCAAGCGUCUUGAUUUCACCUCAAGCGACAGUUCAUGGGAUAUUGAAUACAUCAACUGAAUAAAUCGGGCAUUAUAAUGUGGCAA